AUGGCUGUUUGGCGUGUAAUCAGUCGGUCGUAUCUCAACCAAUUAACCAGGAGUUACAGUCUUGCUACCUCUCUUACUCAUGUUGUAAAGCAGACAAAGUUGUUUUCUUUUGACAUCCCGAAUUCAGACAUCUGUACAAGACCUUCACACAUCUUCGGUAAUGCCAGGUUCCUUGCCACUUCAGCUCAGCAUUGUGUUCUUCUAUGUUGCUACUAUGGUGGCUAUUUCCUCGAUCCUGUUGGCGAAUGGAAGUUAGUAAGGAAGAAGGAAGAGGAAGUUAAAUCCGAUGGCCCACGUCUCAAUGAGAAGAUUACUGCCGACACUGUCAGAUUGGUUUCCGAGGAAGGACAUUGUGUUGUAUCGCUGAAGGAAGCCCUCAGACGGGCUAAGGAGCUCGAGUGUGACUUAGUUGAGGUCCAGAGAGAUGCUAAGCCACCAGUGUGUAAAAUUGUAGACUACUCGCAGGAGAAGUACAAAAAAGCUAAAGUAGGAAAGGAGCGUGCUAAGGCCAAGCGGGCUGAGACAACCAUUCGACCUGAGGUCAAGGAAAUUCGAUUUACCCCCAAAAUUGAGGCAAAGGACCUUCAGUUUAAAGCGAAACAAGCAUUGAAACUGAUGGAAAGUGGAUAUCGUGUGAAGUGUCAUGCAGUUCCUGAUAAGGACAAAAAGAAGGAGCUUGAACCAGAGAAGCUGCUUGAGUUAUUAUCUCGCUUCACUUGCUAUAUCGGAGAUUCACUUGUGGAAUUUGGGCCAACGGCGGAUAAAGGCAACGCCGUUGUGGUAGUUAGACAUGCCAAGUUUGGCCCACCCAAGAAAGGAAAGGCGAUAAAGUUGAAGGAAAUGAACAUAAAAACUGCAGCCCAAAUAAAAUAUGAGUCACCAAAGCCUGACACGGAAGACGGAGGGUCUACUGUUGAUGAUCUGGAAGAUAUAGAGAUGCCUGAACGUGAUCUCGAUCUCGAUGCUAAGCAGGCCCAACCAGUUCAAGGCCAGAACACGUAUGCAAAUAGAGAACCGGGCAGUGACUUCUCGGGAGGUAGAGAUGCAAACCGGUUUGAACCUCGGUCUCCAAACCAGCCUGUAAACCCACAACGUCCUCGGUUCCAAAACGAAGCUCCAAACCAACAACCUAAUGGGAGGUUCGGCCCUCAGUUUCCAAACCAGCCUCCAAGUCCACCACGGCCUCGGUUCCCAAACCAACAACCUAAUGGGAGGUUCGAUCCUCAGUCUCCAAACCAGCCUCCAAGUCCAGCAUGGCCUCGGUUCCCAGACCAAGCUCCAAAUCAGCAACCCUCGGGGCCAUCUCCAAACCGCCACCUAGAUCGGCAAGGUCCUCCACCUCGAUUCCAAAACCAAGCUCCAAAUGAACAACCUCCAGGUCGGUAUGUACCUCAGCCACCAAAGCCUCCUCCCCGUGCUCCACCACGUCCACCAACCCGGUUACCAAACGAAACUCCAAACCAACAACCUACGGGACCUGGAAGAUCUAGUGGCUCGGCUUCAAGCUAUGGAAUUUUCAGCACCCCAAAAACGAAGUAG